GGCCACGACGACACUCUAGUGUUGCGACAACAUUCCAAGGCCACAACUAGCACCAGCACCGUGAAGGUCGGAACACAUCCUCAUCACAUUGGAAGUGGUGAAACGGCACUGCCAGAAUCUGGGGACAACCUUGUCGAGACUCGCCUCCCCUAUGACAGAAUUUGUAUCCUAAACUUACUGGAAAUCGUUGCUCGACUGGUCCAAUGGACUAAAAGGGAGGGGUCCCACCUACGGACAGGGCAAUGUGACCCUUCUUAA